AAUGUCAAACCAACAAAUAAAAGAUCCCGCCAUUGAAAAAGUCGCUAAAAAAUUGGCUUUCACUGAUUUUGUUAAUAGUUGCAAAACUGAGGAUGGUGUUUGGAUAUGUUGUGACAAGAAAAUUGCAAGUAAACGCGAAUUUCACAGACAUGUUGCCAUCAAUCAUAAUCAAGACGUUUCAAAGAGAGCCUCCGAUUUGAAAAAUAAUGAUGAAAGUUGCCCAGAUUUGAAAAGAAGGUAUAAUAAGAAACGAAAGCUUGACAGCCAAUUUGAGGAUGUUGAAGAUGAUAAUGAGGGAAAUUACGAAGGACAGGAAUGGUUGCCAAAAAAUAUAGGUGAUUUAAUAAACGAAACGAUACCCCCUGAAAACUAUAAUGAUGGUGUCAUUGUAUUGUUCUACAAAUAUAGGUGUAUCAAAAAAGUGGAAAGAAUAAAGAAUUGGCUAUUAAAUCUAUGUCAACGUUUGGAUCUUACUGGAAAAGUGAGAAUUGCGUCCGAAGGAGUAAAUGCUACACUUGGUUCAAAUGACUUUCGAAAGAUUAAAGUCUUUGUUGAGUGCUUUAAAAAGCACCCUCUGUUUCAUGAUAUGACAGAAUUUGACUUUAAGAUGAGUAACGGCAAUUCUAAAGAUUUUCCAGAGGGAUUAAAAGUAGGAAUUUACUCAGAAAUCUGUCGUCUCGGAAUAAAUCCUGAUGAUUUAUCUUUCGAAAAAGCAUCUACUCAUAUUUCUGCUGAGAAAUUUCAUUCGGCUGUUGAAGAUCAUUUGAAUAAACCGAAUGAUAACAAAAUAUUUAUUGAUUGCAGAAAUUAUUACGAAAGUAAAAUUGGCUGUUUUACUGGUGCAAUUGAUCCAAAUAUAAGAAAAUUUAGCUACUGGCCUGAAUACGUUGACAAAAAUCUAAAUAUGUUUAAGGAUAAAGAAGUCUAUAUGUAUUGCACAGGUGGAAUUCGCUGUGAGAGAGGAUCUGCAUAUUUAAAGAGUAAGGGAGUGGCAUCAGAUAUCUACCAACUCAGCGGAGGUAUUCACAAAUAUUUAGAACAGUUUCCAAAUGGACAUUUUAAGGGGAAAUUGUUUGUCUUUGACAAUAGAUAUGCUAUUUCAUACAACGACCAAGUUAUAGCGGAAUGUUGCUAUUGCAAAAAACCAUGGGAUCAAUACAAACUAUGCUCUAGCGAGCACUGCAAGCAUCUAGUAUCAGCUGUAGAGGACAAUAACCUGCAUAGAGCGCAGCUUUUAAUAAACAAUCAAAUGUACGAUAUAGACGAAUUGAAAAAGUCCGUUGUAUUAACUAUAAAACGACAAAAUAAUAAGGGUUUAAAAAUCCUACUAAACGUUUUCAAAAAUGGCCUAAGAAGAGCCUUAUGUUUGGAUGAACCUCUAAUUGUGCUUGCAGCCAGAACGGGAAAUGUAGAAAUUUUAAAGACUUUAUUGGAGAGCGGCUUUAGCAUUGACGAAACAAAUUCUAGGAAUGCAACUGCAUUGUACAUAGCUAGUUAUUAUGGAUAUAUCAAAGCGAUUGACGUAUUACUCCAGUUUGGAGCAGAUAUAAAUAAAGCUACUUCUUUAGCAUCUCCUUCACCAUCCAUGUUCCCUACGGGUGAUACGCCUUUACAUGCUGCCAUUCAAAACCGAAAUGCAAAUGUUGUCUACAAAUUGCUUGAAUAUAAACCGAAGCUGAACUUUCGUGACAGUAAUCUAAAAACUCCACUGCAUUAUGCAGCUCAUACUGGCUUAUGUUACGACGCUUUAAUCGAUGCUGGUGCCGACUUAGACGCCGUUGACUCUGCAAAUCUGGUGCCUUUAAAUUAUGCUUUAAGCGAAGGAUUGGAUCUAGUUGUCAGAAGUCUUGUUAGGGGUGGUUGCAGUUUGAAAUCAAAUAGUGGAGUCAGUUUCCUAAAGCAAGCUGUCGUCAAAGGUCAUGUUAAGGCCCUUCUGUGUUUACUAAAGGGAGGUUGUAGUUUGAAACCAUGUCCAAAACUUUACAAAGAUAUUAUAAAGAGACCGGAUAUAUUUCGAAUGCUUAUCGAUUUAAAUUCGAUCCCUAGGAAAUCCCUUUCGUAUAAAUUUGUAGAAGAAAACUGCAGUGAGAAACUUUUAACGAUGCUUUUAGAAAACGGGUCAAUUAGAGACCCAAUACCUGCAUGGAACAAUAUUACUCUUAAACGAAUUUGUUCUCUUGUGAUACGAGAAUCAAUAGGUGAGAAUAUAUGGACAAGAGCAAAAUUGAUAGUUCAACUCAGUUUACCACCGAUAAUGAUUGAUUUUAUUUUACUUAGAGACAUGUUAUUCUUUGAUGAAAAGUUAUAUGAUGACUUUGAGAAUUGGUGGAACGGUUGA